AUGGCGUUGGCGUCAGAUCUGGAGCGCGUACUAUCGCAUAUACUGCCGAUGCCUGCGAUGAUGGCGCAGGGGCGACUACUAGGCAUGCCAAACCACAUGGAGAUGAUUCGAGACCGCCUGUGGGCUAUCAAUGGCACGAUCAAGGACGCCGAGCAUCGAGCGUUGAAGGAACCGGAGUUGGAGGAGUGGUUGACCGACGUCGGUGCAACCAUUGUGGACAUCGACGAUCUGCUCGGUAGGAUCCUUGACUGGCACCCAAGAGGAGGAGCGGCUGCAGCAUCGAAUCGCUCGUCACACUCCAUCUGCAGCAUCCGAGAGGCCUCUCGCCAAGCCAUUCUAUCGGAGCUCAAGGAGAUGGUGCGCAGGCUGAACUAUCUGGUGAGGAGGGGGUCUGUGUUGGGCCUCUCGAAGGAGAUAAUGGAGUCUGUGGAUCCACGACAAGAAGAAGAGUACUCCACCGUCCUAAAAGAAGAGGUGGUGGGACGCAACGAGCAUGUAGAAGAAAUCAUCGACAGUUUGAAGCAACCACAGUCUGGCGAUUGUGAUGAAUUGCAGAUCAUAAAUGACCUUGGUGGGAAGACGACCCUUGCACGGCUGAUUUACCACCACCCCUGGGUGCAGGAGCAAUUCCAGCAUCGAAUCUGGGUGGAUGUCCCAAACAUUGCUUCUCUGGAUCCCAUGUGGAUCAUGAGAGAAUUCACGAGUUCAAUAACCGGGGAGCCAUGCGAGGACAUCUGGCUAUUCUUCGACGGAAUCCAUGGAAGCAAAUACUUGCUCGUUCUGGAUGAUCUCAACUUCGGGGAGGAGGACAGGGAUAAGUGGCUCCAAUUGGAGAACUUUCUAUUGCUCGUCGGCGCACCGGGGAGUACCGUGGUGGUCAUUCCUGACUUGUUUUUUAUUCAGUAUGUACUGGGGUCAUCUGUCCGAACGUGGCAUUUCAGCGGCCUACCGGAGGAUGAUUGGGUACAAUUGUGCUUGAGACAAGCGCUCAUCCGGCCCGAUCAACGGGAGGAAGCAAAAGCGAUAAUUCACUCCUCUAAGAGAAACACACAAGAUUGGUCUCCCACGGACGCCAAGAUUUUUGGCUCCGUACUCAGAUAUACUGAAAUGAGUCGAUGGCAACAACAACUUGAUGCUGUAAAUAUGCGUCAGUGGGAGAAAAUGCUACCUAUUUCGAUCACCGGCCUUAUAAAUCUGCAAGAGUUAGACUUGGAAGGUUGUCAAUGGCUUCUCGAAUUGCCCGAAGUUGGUGAUCUUGGAAAUGCCUUCUCAAAGUUGGAAUCGUUGAGGAAUCUAAAAGAAUUAUGGCUACAAAACCUCGAACAAGUGUUAAAUUCAGAAAAUGCUUUGACUCCUUUAAAGUUGAAUGAUAUACUUCCGCAACUCAUGUAUUUGAAGUUACAUUGGAAAUGGAUAAAUAUGGAAGAUAUGAGAGCCUCAGAGUUGGUUUCGCUGCAUGUACUCGAAGGCCUCCAACCCAAUUUAAACUUGAAAAAAUUAGAGAUUAUUUUAUAUAUCGGUGAAGAAUUCCCUAUAUGGAUAAAAGAGGGGUUUAACUAUCUCCACAAGUUGAAAGAGAUCAAACUAAUCAAUCUCAAGAGAUGUAAAAAGUUACCAUCACUCGGAGGGCUACUCGAUCUCGAGAUUGUUGAGCUAAGUGGUAUGGAUUUAAUCAAUGUUGUGGAUGAAGCCUUUUAUGGUGACGAUGGGACAUUUCCUGAGUUGAAAAGACUCACAUUGUCUCAUAUGCUUGCACUAGAAAAAUGGCUAAAGGUGGAGAGAAAAAAAGAAUUUUUGUUCCCGAAACUUCGUCGAUUGACACUGAUCCAAUGUCCAAAAUUCAAAGCUUUAGAGGUGGAUCUUGAGGUCUCAACAUUGAGUAUUUGGUUGAACAAUAAAAUGCUGCAGACAUCUGAAUUCGAGGGUUGGCAGAACCUCCCGAUAAAGAACUUGGAGAUAGUUGGAUGCCAGGAGAUGAGGUGUUUGCCACAGGACAUGGAACGAUGUGUUAAACUCAGAAGCUUGACGAUCAACGGAUGCGACAAUUUGGACUGUUUGCCGGAGUGGCUACAAGGAUUCAAGCAUCUGAAAUCUGUAUGUUUAUAUGACUGCGGUGCUCUGUCAUCCAUACCUGAGAAGCUUAAACGACUAAGAAAAGUUGUUAUUAAAGGUUGUCCAAAGCUGCGACUUUAA